AUGAUUUAUAUCUUUGUGGCAAGAUUCCUACUUGAUUACAUUGCCAUGCUCGGCUUCCGUCACACAGGUCUUCGUAUAUCUGCCGCGAUUCGUCUAAGCUAUCUGAGAUCUUUGAUGGCCUUGCCGGUCUCGACUGUAGAUGCAAUACCACAGGGUCAUGCAGCAGCUAUCAUCACCAUCACAGCAAAUCAACUCCAAGAUGGCAUAUCGGAAAAGCUGUGUCUCCUCGUCCAGCAUAUAUCCCUCGUCAUUUCAGCUACGGUGGUUGCUUUUAUAUUCAGCUGGCUGCUAGCGGUUGUUACUGUUACAGGCUUUGUUUUCGUUGUCCUUGUCUAUAUUGUCACACUUCUCAUCCUCGUCAAACAAUGGAACAAAGUGCAGGAGGCUGACAGAGAGGGGGCAGCUACCGCAAGUGAAACAAUUUCGUCAAUCAGAAUGGUGGCUGCAUGCGGCGCAGAGGGUAAAAUGAGGGAAGGCUAUGGUGGCUGGGUAAAAGAAGCCGCACGGCACGGCCAGCGGAUGUCCAAAUGGAUCGCCAUUCAAUCGUCGCUAGGGAAGACUGCUGCGCUUUGCUUUUGGUGGGCAAUAAGGCUAUUCGCUACCCAUAGGAUUGAAACCGUAGAGGCCUUGCUUGUCGUCAUUACCUCCAUCUUAACCAUCGUCAUGGCAGCGGGAUCAAUCUCUGCUCCGCUUUCCGCUGUUAGUCGAGCCUCCGGAGCAGCUGCAACUUUCUACCCCAUUAUCGAUGCGCCAAAGCCAAAAGCCGAUGGCGUGAAGGGCUCUGACGUCGUGCCCACAAGAGAUAUUGUCCUUGAUCAAGUCAACUUUACGUAUAUUAGCAGACCAGACCAGCGGGUCCUCAAAAAUGUGACUUUAACGUUUCCGGAGGGAAAAACAACAGCCAUCGUAGGGCCGUCGGGCUCUGGAAAGAGCACUAUCGUCGCGUUGAUCCAGCGCUGGUAUGAGCUUGGAUUCUCAAUGACUGACUUGUUACAGAUCAACUUGCUUCGAAACGGAUCUAUUACUACCGGAGGUCGGAAUCUCUAUGAGAUCGAUAUGAAGUGGUGGCGAUCGCAGAUAGGUCUUGUGCAACAAGAGCCUGUCCUCUUUAAUGGGACAAUCUUUGAGAAUGUGGCUCAUGGCCUCAUCGGCACACAAUGGGAAUCUGAACCGGAAGAGGUGAAGAGGGCCCUAGUGGCUCAAGCUUGCGAGGGAGCCUUCGCGAACGAAUUCAUCACUAGGUUGCCAGAUGGCUAUGACACCUUAUGUGGCGAUUCGGGAAUCCAUCUCAGCGGAGGACAACGACAAAGGAUCGCAAUCGCUCGCUGCAUCAUCAGAAGACCCUCCAUCCUUAUCCUAGACGAAGCGACGAGCGCAAUCGACGUUCGCAGUGAACAAAAGGUUCAAGCAGCGCUCGACCGCGCAGCUCAGAAUCGAACGACCAUAGUCAUCGCCCACCGACUAUCCACGAUUCAAAAAGCCGACAACAUUGUCGUGCUCCACAAGGGGACGGUAGUGCAACAGGGCAGUCAUGAAAAGCUAAUGAAAAACAGAGCCGGUUUAUAUUAUCGGCUUGUCAAUGCGCAACUGCUAACGGAUAAUGAAGAAACGGUCGAGUCCUCUUCAACAAGUACUGAUGCUCUAGAUAGCAAAGAUGAGGCGGAGUACAGUGCAAUUGACAGUGUCGACUGCACAGUUCAAAGUUCCUCGAAUGCGAAAAGGUCGGCAUUCCGAGAUAGCAUCAGGGCGUUGGCACGCCUUUUCAUAGAGCAGAAAUCCGAUUGGCAUUGGUAUAUUCUCAUAUUAUUAGGGGCUGCAGGCGCAGGUGCCGCUUUCCCAGUCCAAGCGUACCUUUUUGCCAGACUGAUCACACUGUUUGCGUACUCAGGGGAUUAUCUCCGCGACCAGACCCAGUUUUGGUGCCUUAUGAUGGUUGCUCUCGCUGUCGGAGUAGGAGUUUGCUAUUUCGUUCUAGGCUGGGCAUGCAACACUGUCUCAUUCGUAAGUUGCGCAAAUCACAUCAUUUCAGCUUACCGCAUUGAAUAUUUCCAAAACCUCCUCCGAAAACCGAUUAGCUUCUUCGACGAUGCGGAGAAUUCGACGGGUGCGUUGAGUGCUCGAAUUGCGAGUGAUCCCGCGCAACUACAACAGCUUCUGGGUAUCAACGCCGCAUCAAUGCUUACUUGCAUCUUCAACGUUGCAGGAUGUAUAGCGAUCUCCUUCUACUUCAGCUGGAAACUGUCAGUUGUAGUGGUCUUCUCCUCUACCCCCGUUAUGAUCGCCGCUGGCUACCUGCGCGUGCGAUACGAAAGAGAGUUCGAGAAGAUGUCACAUACGGUAUUUGCGGAGAGUUCCAAAUUCGCGAUCGAGUCCAUAGGUGCAUUUCGGACCGUUAGUGCUUUGACUAUGGAGAAUUUCAUAUGCGGGCGAUAUGAAGAUCUUCUUCAAAGACAUGUACGCAAUGCACUCUGGAAAGGUCUCUGGUCGACUUUGAUAUUUUCCUUCAGCGAUAGCGUGGCCCUGCUUUGCAUGGCUUUUGCAUUAUGGUAUGGAGGGACGCUGCUCUCUGAAUAUGAGUUAUGGCCUUUCAACUACUUGGUGGUUUACUUCGCUGUUGUGCAGGGCAGUCUAGCAGCGGGUCAGUGGUUGAGCUUCGGACCUAAUAUUGCUCAAGCCUCAAGCGCUAUUAGACGUAUACGCAACUUGAGAAUCCACGAAGAUACUUCUAGCUCCUCAAAUCCUCUGCCAAUAGAAGAAGGCGAGAAAGGAAUCCAAGGACCAAAAAUUGAACUCCGCAACGUCUGGUUCAAGUAUCCCACUAGAGAUGUGCCAGUUUUACGGGGUCUGAACAUGACCAUUGAAAGGGGGCAGUUCGCGGCUAUAGUGGGGCCAUCUGGCUGCGGCAAAACUAGUGUCAUAAGUCUCAUCGAACGAUUCUAUACUCCACAAUUCGGCGAUAUUCUCUUCGACAACACUAACAUCUCGUCGCUCGAUCUGGAUGAAUACCGCAAAAGCAUAUCGCUCGUGGCGCAGGAGCCCUCCAUCGUCGCCGGCACACUCCGCGAAAACAUUCUCAUGGGCGUGGACCCCAACACAGUCUCUGAAUCCGAUCUCGACAGGGUCUGCAAGGAGGCCGAGAUGUAUGAUUACAUCGCAUCUUUCCCCAUCACAUACGACACGCUGGUCGGUCAAAAAGGGAUCGCCUUGUCCGGCGGUCAGAGACAGCGCCUCUCCAUUGCGCGCGCAUUGAUCCGGAAUCCGAGAUUGAUGCUGCUAGAUGAAGCGACGUCUAACCUGGACUCGGAGACGGAAAAGAGCAUUCAGAAGAUUUUCGAGGAGACUGGGAAGGGGCGCACGAUGAUUGUAGUAGCACACCGGCUGGCCACGGUGCAGAAUGCCGACGUCAUCUUUGUGAUGAGUGAGGGAAGGGUCGUCGAACAAGGAACGCACAGAGAGCUGCUUAGGAAGAAGGGCGUCUAUUGGCAAAUGUGCCAAAUGCAGGCUCUAGAUAGUAGACAUUAGAAGAUGGAGUAGAG